UUUAAACGUGCGCUUGAGCUCCGCAGUGAAUAAAAAUUAGGCGACUUAGUCUCAAAAUUCAACCGGAUACUUUGCAUUUUAUCAAGGAUUCUUUUUGCCAAACAUGUUGUCCUGGCAAUUAUGGUGUACUUCUUUAUUUCUUUUGUGGGUCAUUUUUUUGUGGACACGACGCAAAUUAUAUAGUUUAAUGCUUAAAAUACCAGGGCCAGUUGGCUAUCCCCUAAUUGGCAUAGUGCACAAGAUCCGCCAUAAGGAAGAUGUACUUCCUGUGCUCAAACACUAUUUGGAUAAAUACGGCUCUUUCGUAUUGUCUUGGCUUGGUCCCAUGCCAUUUUUGAUUGUUGCCGAUCCCCAAUUAACACAAGAUGUCUUGAACUCGCCGCAUUGCGUUAACAAGGGCAGUUUCUAUAAGGUAGUCGAAGAGGUUGCCGGCCUUGGAUUAUUCAGCAUGAAAGAGCCUCAUUGGAGUGCGUAUCGGAAGUUGUUUAAUCCGGCUUUUAGCCACAAGAUGAUACUCAGCUUUAUACCUAUUUUUAACUCAGAGGCAUCAUUUUUGCUGAAGACUGUAGAUAAAUCGGUGGAUUGUGGGGGACAGAACUUAAAACCAUUGAUGGAAGAUUUUUCUUUGAGCAUAGCGAGUCAAACUAUAUUGGGAGGAGAUGAGCACAUUAGAAGCAAUAAUUUGAUCGAAGCUUUCCAUGGUAUUGUGAAAUCCAUAACAGAUAUGGGCCUUUCGCCCUGGUUAAUAAGUGAAACGAUGAGGAAACUACUGGGCAAGGAAGAACAAUUCUCUAAAGCCAAGUCGCAGAUAAGUGGGUUCCUCGUAAAGUUUAUCGAUUCAAAAUUGACAAAGGGUUCUAAAGCGCCGGAAGACGAUAUACUUAUAAAUCUAGGCAUUGAUAUGAUGAAUCGUGGAAUGCUUAACAAGGAGGACUUGCAAAGCCAAUUAGGUAUCAUAUUAUUUGCUGCAUUUGAGACUUCAGCUAACACGGUGGUCUACACACUGAUGUUGCUUGCUAUGUUUCCCGAGUAUCAAGAAAAGGCGUUUCAAGAGCUUCGCUCAUUAUUUCCCAAUCCGGGAGACUUUGACGUUACUUAUGCCGAUACCCAGAAUAUGGGUUAUAUGGAUCUCAUUCUUAAUGAAUCGAUGCGUCUCUUGGCCCCAGUUCCAAUUAUCGCAAGGCAGACUAUGCAGGAUGUUCGUCUUUCGAAUGGAAUUGUUAUUCCCAAAGGAGUGCAAAUUGGUAUAGACAUCUUUCACUUGCAUCGCGAUAAGAAAAUUUGGGGGGAAAAUGCGGAAGAAUUUAAUCCCGAACAUUUCCUGCCCCAUAACAUGCAGGACAAGCAUCCCUAUUCGUUCAUACCCUUCACGAAGGGAAUACGUAACUGUAUAGGUUGGAGAUACGCUUUAGUAUCCAUCAAACUUACAUUAGCAAAAUUGUUGAGAAAUUAUAAGUUCUCGACCAAGUUUAAAUUUGAAGAUCUUGACUUUUUUGAGGAUUUAACUUUGGGGUUGAAGACCGUACCCUUGCUGGAAAUUCAAAGAAGAGAUUGCUAAUGUUAUAUGCUAUUAAUUAUUUAAUAUUAUUCAAAUUCGUUGUACAAAAGGCAUAUUAGCUAUCGAUAUUAUGAAUCAACAGUUCAAAUGUUCCAAGGAACACAGUGAGACCUUAAACGAUCUAAUACACUUUUUGGUAU